UCAGCGUCAAAAGAUACCUCCAGAACAGGUAAAUGAAUGAAUGAAUGAAUGCAGUGAUUUUAGUGCAUGACCCAGUCCUAGGCCCAAUAUUUUUGAUUACGCAUGGAUUUCCCCUCAAGAUCAACACGACUAUUGAUUUUUCCUCGCGCAUGUCAGCGGCGACUACGACGAUCUACAAGCAUUUAGUUGUGACUAAAAAGAGUACGUUUUCAAUUGCUAUUUUAAUUUAAUACAACCCUCGUAGUCGUAAGCCAGCCUAAUCUUUCUCCUCUUACCAUUUUCCUCCAUGAAAAAUGGCGAAAAAAUGCAUAAUUUCUGAUUAUCCGCUAUAAAAUUGAGUUUUUCCCUAGGAGCGACUACUACAGAUACAUAGACGCGCUUGUUAAUCAAUUAAGAAAAAGAAGUUUCAUCUUCAGGUUAUUUCAAAGUGACGAGCAUCGUGAUUGACACUGAAUUAUCGGCUUCUUGUUCAGUGGGGGUUUCCUAGAUUGAUCAAGUACAUGAAUAUGAAGUCAUCAUCUUCUACUAAAUAACAAACUUCUUGUUCUUCUAAUUCUUGAUGUUGAAAGAGAAAAAGUGAAACUCAGAGUCAGACAAAGUUCAAGUUCUUCUUCAAAAAUCAAAAUCAAAAUGAUUGGUGGUUCGUACCGUGAUGCUCGGGGUGGCAGUAAGGGAAGUCCGCACCACCUCGAAAGCUUUGCCGCCUUCGCUGAUGGGCGUGACUUUCAGACAUAUUAUGCGAUCGGGAAAAAAAUCGGAUUCGGUGGAUUUGGUGCAGUCUACCGCUGUGAAGAGCGCCGUAUUCACGGAGCUGAAAUAGUAAAUUUAAGGUGUAGAAAAAUGUGAUGAAGAGGUGGUAGGUUGUAGUUGUCAGUAUCGAGGUCGCGAUGGAGCGUCGUGUUUAUCACUUGAUGAAAAUUAUGAAAAUUCCUUGUUAUUGUGACGACUAGUAGUUAUUUCCUUACUGCGGUAGACAAUUAGUUGUAGAUAAGUUGGUUCUGUCAGAGUCAGGAGAACAAGCAUGCUCAACCACUAACUAAUGCCUCAAAUUUAUUUUCAUUUUGUAACUUCUACUAAAAAAAAGUCAUCUUGUUGCAUAGAACACAAAGCAAGAACGGAUGAAUGUUCUUGAGCCUCCACCUGCCCACUGCUUCACAGAACUACCUCUAAGGAAAGACGCAGAUGAUGAUCGCGAAGAUGUUGAGGGCAGAGGCGGCCUGCGGACGAGCUCAUCGACCGCGUCUGCUCACUAUGCGAACAAAAGGGAGAGGAGUACGUCGUCUGCUAGUAGUCUCACUACAACGCGAACAAAAGUGGCGUCGAACAAGGAAGUUCUUGCAAGUGGAGAGGGAGGUCCAACCACAUCUUCCCCGAAAGUGGCAUCGAACAAGGAAGUUCUUGCGAGUGGAGAGGGAGGUCCAACCACAUCUCCCCUUCCAGGCGGAGCACACAUACGGAGCGAAAGCCAGAAUAGAGAGACGCCAGAUCGUGUCGUCUCGCGAGAUAGCAGCAGAAGUCCGUCGGCGUCUUCAAGUCUGCGAUUACGCAAAGCCUCUUCUCGGCAGCACCCAGCGACGUCAAAGCAAGGCUCGCCAGAUGCUUUAGAAGGGGACGUCGCAGCUACAAGAGAACAGGAGGACCGCAAGAUGAUUAGAAGUUCCAAUUAUAUCGCUUCUAAGAACUCCAAGACGGAUAGUACUACAACUUCUAGGGGACGCAGUAGCGCCAAAAAGUGUGACCAUCAUCAUAGAGGUGGAGAUGAUAGACAUGUAGAUGGAGGGGCGAAUGCAGGAAGAAUCUAUGAUCGGGAUCUGUGUGUGAAAGUGGUAGGAGCGGAAGGAAAGAAGAGUCCGACUCUCUUGCUCUACGGCAACGAAGAGCGCACUUUGCGCCACUUGAACACCUUGCUUGAUCUGCGAUACCUGAGCCCUUGCGUUGUGAAGUAUCUAGAUUUCUUCUUAGAUCAACAUCAAAGUUACGACUUACGCUAAUCGUCCAUCUCCUGAAGCAUCUUGGUCGGAGCUGUCCCAUAAAUAAGGGAGAUGAGCACAGCUUCAUCAAGAUGAACCUCAAGAUGGAUUCGGGUGAGCUCUAACAAAGCGUCUCCAGUGGUGGCACUACAUCUUCACGACUACAACUGUCUUCAUCUUUUACCUCGUUUUCGCCGGCUCCACCGAAGAAAAUGUACAUCUUGAUGGAGGAACUACGCGGUCCAGACUUGAGACAAGUUCUAGCGGACUCUUCCUCUAGAAAGGUACCGAAACGAGGCUCGUCAAAGCAUUUCGCCGGAAAAUACUAUGGCCAGGGCUCUCUCGCGGCCAACUCUGCUUUGGCUCCUGCAGCUAUGGGAACAACUGCUCAAGGAGUUGUUCUUGGGGGGGUGGGACCAGGCAUGGGAGGUGGAGCAUCGUCCCCAAAUCCAUCACGCUUUCCUAACAACAUGAUGAAUCAGCAUGUUGGCACUGGCGUAGUUGAUGUACAACAACAAGGAGUAGUUCUUGGAGUACCUGGCGCUGUCGCAGGACGAGGUGGAGGUCGUGCUACUUCUGGAGGAACGAUGAUUUAUGAAAAUGUCAAGUUUCACCAUCAACAAAAUGGCGGUGCUACUGCUGCUGCUCCUUUUACCCCCAGCCGAGUUCCGAGUGCUUUUGUUUCUCCUGGAGGACCAGCAGGUCAACAUCAACAACAACAUGUUAGUGGUACUAGUAUGGGCUAUUACAAUUACGAUUACCAGGUUUCCCCAGCGUCCUCCUUCCAUAGAGGAUUUCACAGUGCUGGUGCUCAUUCAGGCGGAGACGAGUCUCAUCAACAUGGUCAUAGUAGUUUCGAGUACAACAUCACGACUAGCUACGAUUACGGCUAUGCUUUCACGGAUUCCGCUAACUAUCAGGGUCCAGAAGAUGGAGAUGGUCACAAUAAUUACGCCAGUAGAGGUGGACAUGGACAUAGAGGUUCGUGGAAUUCCUUAGAGGACCCAGCAGCUUCGGAUCGACGACAGCAGAUGGGAGGAGGUCUCAAGGGUGCAGUAGGCAGUGCUGUGCAUGGACUCUUCGACCAAUUAGAGCAUGUGCUUACGAAGUUGAUGGUCAGCGACGCAAAGGGUGUGGCAGAGAAAAGACGACACUCGUUACCAGUACUACCUCCGAAACCGGGCUCGUUUCUCUCUUCGACGUCGCGUCAGUGUAGCGCCAGCAGCGCACAAAUUGUCCGAAACAGAACGUCCUCGCGGAAAAACAGAAGCUCCUCAAAGCAGGAGCACGGUGUUGUUCAUCAUGAUGAGCAUCUACCUCAUCAACUACCUCAUCAAGGAACAGCAGGUGGAGGAAAUGUCGGGCAUAUGCUCGGCUAUCUCGGUGGUUACCAUCGUAACGAUCAUGUUGGAGGUGGAGCAACGUGUACGAAAAAUGUGCCAAGUCGAGGACAUGGACGUCAAAGAGGUGAUCCCCACCAUCAACAUGAGCUUCCUCUACACGAGCCGGCGAAUCGAAGCCAAGACGAUAUCGACAGAGGGCACAUGCAGCAACAUUUAAGGCUCAACCUUCAUUGGUCAUAGAGGUUGGUCACUGAAAUCGAAGAGGGUCCCCUUGAGAGAACUACAGGGGAAAAUGAAGGGAAAGGGGACGAGAGCCUUGCAGGGGGUCUCUUCGUUCCGUUCAGAGUCAUGAUAACCAAGGAAUGCUGAGCUUUAAAAGAGGAUAUCGACAGAGGGCACAUGCAGCAACAUGCUACACUCUUGAGGCUGUCAUUGGGCAACCUGCAGCAUCGAGAAGGUCAAGGUGGCCCUCCGGGAAAUAACCUUGAGGAUGAUGAUUUGGCAACUCAUGGUCGCGGCGCCAGCAGCCGUGGCGAACCUGAGCCCGAGCGCGGACUUCCCGAUGAGCUAAGUGCAGAUGAUAAAGAAGUGCAAGAACUAGAACAACGAUCUUCUGCAGGACUAGCAGGACAAGAAGAGGAACAUCUACAUCAGAAUCAAGGAGAAAAUAAGUUGUUUGGUUCUCCCUGUAUUGCGUCCACUUUACCUGUGCAGCCUUCGCUUCCGUGCCCACUACGAAAACCCCUCCUGCUGCAAGAAGAUUCCUCGACAACAGACCUGCAAAGUGCCUCGCGAGCCCGUUCAGGCCCGGCCGAGGUGUCUAAUGCCCGAAAGCGAAGUAAGAGUCUGUGGGAAGCCAUUUCAUCCUCGGGCACAGAGUCCUCAGAGGACCCAGAGGAUGGGGACGAGGACGAGCAUAAUACAACUCAACAAGAAGCUUAUAGGGGCACGAGGCCAUCACUUCUAAUGCUAGGGUUAGGGCGCACAGGCGGACAUGAUGGUACAACAACUCUCCUUGGACAGAUCAUGGGUAUUAACAACAUGAACAUGAUCAGAAGCACAGCAACGAGAAAUAAAGGCAAUAUUAAAAACAAUGUGAAAAGGAAGAAGAUGCGGCGUGAUUUGUAUUCGUCAGAAUCGCUCGUUUCCCCAAGCAAAUUCGUCUCUCUCAACCGUGACUUUGACACGACAACUGGAGAUCGUAAUGUUGCCAGGAGAGGCUUCCGAGGUAUGCUUGUGCAGCAGCAACAAAGUGGCGUCACGUCCGGCGGCGAUCACUCAGCCAGCAUUACCGGCGACCAGCACAAAAAUAUCAUGGGAUCGUCAUUCAUGACACGAAAUAGUUUUUCGGCUGGGCGAGGAGAGGCACCCGGAGCACAACGCAGGAGCUUAACGUCAACAAAUACCAGCAGAACAUUGUUCCCAGAAGGAGAGCAGCAGAGGGCGACAGGCAGUGUCGACGCAGGGGGGGAAAAUACAGUUAGUAUUAGAAGCAGUACUGGAACAUCAAAUGGUAAUAGACAUGGAGAUAUGAAUACCACAAACAUGAUGAACAUUACUGCGAUCAUGACCACCAGCACUGGUUCGAAGCUGGCUUCCGCGGGAGAAGAGCACCGCAUCACAGGAUCUAGCUCCGCUAGUAGUUCUAGCAGCACGAAAGGGGUCCUCCUUCAACCUGGAGGUACAGGAUCAUCUGGAUCUGCGCACGUUGGUAUUGGAGACAUGUUUUCGUCUAAAAAUAUUACAGGAGCGUCGAGUCGCACCUCAGGCAGUGUGUCGGUAUCUGAGCGGGGAAGUAGCGGCGGAAUUUCUUCCCCUUGUUUGCCAGAUGAAGGCAUUCUAGUUGGCGGCGCAACCUAUGCGAGUCCAAUUAUCCCCUACAACAAGAAGCCACCUGGUUGUAGUACUCCUGGUCUGGGUAGUAUUGGCAUAGGAGGUCAACAAAGAACAUCAAGGGAGCAUAAUCCGGAUCCGCCUGAGGGAGCACCAGGUGGAAGAACAUCUAGUUCAUCGAGAGACUCGAGAACGAACAAGGCUGCAAGGGCCGCGAGGCAAGAUGAUGUCCACCUGGUUGAUCCAGGUUUCGGCGCGUGGGAGGGAGAUCCAGUGUUAAAUCUGGACUUUCUGCGUCGUUUAAUGGGUCAAAUGGCAGAGGCUGUUGCGGUGGUGCAUGCUGCGGGGAUGAUCCACCGAGAUUUGAAGAUAGAGAACUUCAAGUUCCGGGACCCCAGUUUGAGGCAGUUAGUGUUGUUGGAUUUUGGGCUAGCGUCGUUGCACGACGAUAAUGAAGAAGAGAGGCUGGCGCGCGCUGCAGGAGUGGGCAGGCGAGAUGAAGCAGGUCUCCUCGGCAGCACAGAAGAUCUUUCACAUGUAGUUCUCGCUGCAGGGGAGGAUCCGUUUGUACCUGCAGCCCUAGGCCUCGAACAGUCAAAUAGUACAAAUGUUGUAGCUUCUAGUACAAGAACGAAUGCCGGCGCAACUGGUGCAACUGCAAAUCACUCAUCUCCCGACGAGAGUUUGGGCCCUCAAGAUCAUCGUCAACCAUCAGCGAAAGACCAUAGCGGCUGCUCCGUUUCUGUUAAACAAGAACAGGCUGACGGUUCAUCAGCCUGCUCAGCUUCAUCGGAAGAUACCUCCAAUCUUCGCAAAAAAAAGAGGAGUACUAACCAGCUGAAGAAAGCACCAGAAUCUUCCGGAGGAAGUAGUAGAGCCAUAGUUGGAACAGUGGUUGCACAGGUUGCUUCAGCAAAAGGUGUCGGAGCGUUUUUUGAUCAUUUUGAGCAGCAAGAACAUAAACGCGAAACAAGCGUGUGCGUGGGCGAAGGAAGUCCUCGACGCGAGCAGGAAGGGGAGCGCAACAAAAAUCUUGUAGGUACCCUUUGCAAUAUGGCACCAGAAGUCCUAUCAAGGCGGCAAUACAGCCCGGCUUCCGACUUGUGGGCGCUUGGUACGAUAUACUACGAACUGAUUGCAGGCGCCACGCCAUUUGACGUCGGAUCCGUAGAGAUGUUACGAGAUAUGCACUGGGAUCCUGUGUUGUGGACGGGUGAGGUGGAACCAGCACCAACUCCUGGGAGAGGAGCCACAACUCGAUCUCGUAUUCAUUUUAAAAGUUUUUAAUAUGAAAAUGAAACUACUUACAAUUUGAUGAAACGGAAACCUUACUCUUCGAAUUAUUUGAGAUUAAGAUGCACUGAUGCUGAUCAUGAUGACUUAGAAUGAUGCAUGGUCUUCGAAUGGUCAUGUCAUUUAACAACCGUAAGACAACUUUUCAUGCUCGUCCUCUUGAAUCAGUUGCUCUCUUAUUAGAUGCAGAUGGUUUGAUUUUGAAGAAUGACCGGGGGAUUUUCUUCAUGUGUUUUCAACAACAUUUCACGUUUGAUAUUGUUCAAAUUUAUAUUUUUAUCAAAAACAACUUGAUGAUAGUGGCCCUUUUCUCUUUUAUAUCUUCCGCUGGUCUGUCUUUUUUCUAGUUAGGUCGGCUCCACCACAAAUUAUUAUCAAAAACAACAUACAGUGUCGAGAUCGAGAUCGAUCGGAGGCAAAUCUUCUGGCGAUGUGAAAUUGGUUCUUGGGCGCACGAUACGCGAGGCGCGGUUCUGGGACAAAGCUGGCAAGGAUGCGGUGGAGUUGGUGCAGAAGCUACUGACAAGGGACGUGAAGUGUCGACUUUCGGACGCCAUGCAAGUGGUCCGACAUACAUUUUUGCGGGAAUACUGCCGUGGAACGCGCAUUCGUGCAAAAAUCAACCGUUAUUUGCUCCGCGGUAGUCGGAGUACUGCUGCUGUGGGUACAUGCGUCAAACUGCUGGUCUAUCCGUACGCUGCUUCGCACAGGGAGUUUCUGGGAAAAGCCUACCGCUACUGGGUGCAGCGGUUUUAUUCUGCCGGACGUGGAACAGAAGGUGCUGGUCAAAAUCAAAUUCAACAAGAAGGUGGAACAGGAGUAGAUCAGCAAAGACAGCAAGAAUUACAGGAUGCGAGUGGGCCACGACUCGUAGCUUUAAGGAUAAUGAACAUGAUUAGCCGAAAAACUGCGCCCAUACGCGCAACGUUUAUGGCGCUUUUGUCAUGGUGGUGGCUCAUGGUGCGACGGCCUCGGCGACUCUUUUUGUUGAUGAAGGCGUUCAUUCGCGCGCUCUUGCGACCAUUUGUUGGUGCACUGUUGCGUGCGGGCUUGCUCCCCCUAAGUUGGACCUCAACAUCUCUGUUCCUAAGAGCGCACGCGCAGGCUUUCAAGGGGAGAAUGUUGCAAAACGCGAUGGUUUUACUUCCCUCACUAGCAGCGCAGAAUGAGAACCAACGGUAUCUAUUGCAGAUCGACGAAGAAAAUGUGGAUUCGAGGAAUUCAGGAACGCAACAAGAGCGUCACAACCGCGAUCAUCAGUUUGAGGACGACAAUCUUCCAAGAAUGCUAUCAGCAACUCCAUCUUCUGAUAGGCAUGCCUCAUGGACUAAUUAUGCGAACCAAACGAGUGCGGGCGCUCCUCACCAGUUCGGAAAGCCGCGAGGUGAGCCACAAUCAGCAGAGAAGACGCCGAUAGCGCGACAGGGAAGUACAACUUCUAGUAGAACCUCCUUGCUUAACAAUACCUACACUGAUCAUGAUCAAAAAUCAAAAAUAAACCACACGAAGGACGAUCCAAAGACUAGAAGAAUCAUGGACGACGUUCCUUGCGAAGACGUUUCUACCGCGCCACGAGCAGGCGAGGUCGUAGCACCGCGAAGGGAUAACGAGCGCCUCCACUUCGUUUUGUCUGGCUUCCUAUAA